AUGGACAAACUCUGCGAGAUGCGCCGCAGUGCGGACCCCCCGGCCCCGCCGGCGGCCGGCGGCAAGGGGGACCUGCCGGCCGGAGCCAAAUGGAGCGGCUUCAAGCGGCGGCGGCAGGUGCUGGACCGCGUCUUCUCCUCCUCCCCGCCCAACCUCUGCUGCUCGGCCGCCGAGCAGCUGGAGCCGGGCGGCGAGUCCGGUUCCGCCCUGCGCCGGCUGCGGGAGCACCUGCUGCCCCAGGGCAAGGGCCCGCCGGCCGGCCGCAGGGAGGAGGCGGCGGCCGGCGGGGAUGAGGGGGCCAAGGGCGGGAAGGAGGGGCGCCGUCCCGGGGCCCACCUGUCCCACCAGAAGAGCUCCUCGCUGCCCAGCACCGCCUGCCUGGAGCAGCUGCUGCAGGGCUCGCCCACCGCCGGCAGGAGGAAGGAGCAGCGGGAGGAGGACGGCGACGGCAGCGCGAGAAAAAAUUUGGUUGAAACAAGUAAUGCAGAUUUUCCUUCUGGGGACCCCAGAAUGUACCAGUUGGACGUUACCCUAAGGAGAGGGCAGAAUUUAGCAGCACGGGACCGUGGAGGAACCAGUGACCCCUAUGUCAAGUUCAAACUUGGAGGAAAAGAAGUAUUUAGAAGUAAGACAAUACACAAGAACCUCAAUCCUGUGUGGGAAGAAAAAGCUUCCAUUAUUAUAGAUAACACAAGGGAACCGCUGUACAUAAAGGUCUUUGACUAUGACUUUGGACUUCAAGAUGACUUUAUUGGUUCAGCAUUUUUGGAUCUCACUUCAUUGGAAUUAAAUAGGCAAACAGAUGUUACUUUGAGUCUGAAGGAUUCUCACUACCCCGACCAUGAUCUGGGAAGUAUAUUGUUAUCAGUUCUGUUGGCUCCUCGAGAAGAACAGCGAGAAGCGACAAUGCUAAUGAGGAAGAGUUGGAAAAGAUCAAGUAAGUUUCAGACCCAGAGUUUACGCCUCUCGGACCUGCACAGAAAAUCUCAGCUCUGGAGAGGGAUAGUCAGUAUCACCUUGAUCGAAGGUCGUGAGCUGAAGGCCAUGGAUGCAAAUGGAUUAAGUGACCCUUACGUGAAGUUCCGGUUGGGACAUCAGAAGUACAAGAGCAAGAUUAUGCCAAAAACUUUGAAUCCUCAGUGGAGGGAGCAGUUUGACUUUCAUCUCUAUGAAGAACGAGGUGGAAUUAUUGAUAUUACCGUGUGGGACAAAGAUGCUGGCAAAAAGGAUGAUUUUAUUGGCAGGUGCCAGGUGGACCUCUCGAGCCUGAGCAGGGAGCACACCCACAAGCUGGAGAUGCCCCUGGAGGAGGGAGAGGGGUGCCUGGUGCUGCUGGUGACCCUCACCGCCUCGGCUGCCGUCACCAUCUCCGACCUCUCCGGCACCUCCCUGGAGGACCAGAAGGAGCGGGAGGAGAUACUCAAGAGAUAUAGUCUAAUGGCGAUGUUUCAUAACAUGAAGGAUGUGGGAUUUCUUCAGGUGAAGGUCAUCAGGGCAGAAGCGUUGAUGGCAGCUGAUGUCACAGGUAAAAGUGACCCGUUUUGUGUAGUUGAACUGAACAACGACAGGCUGCUGACCCAUACCGUCUACAAGAACCUCAACCCAGAGUGGAACAAAGUCUUCACAUUCAAUAUUAAAGACAUCCACUCGGUGCUGGAGGUGACAGUUUAUGACGAGGAUCGGGAUCGGAGCGCUGACUUCCUGGGCAAAGUUGCUAUACCAUUGCUGUCUAUUCAAAAUGGUGAACAGAAAGCCUACGUCUUGAAAAACAAGCAGCUGACAGGGCCAACAAAGGGGGUCAUCUAUCUUGAAAUAGAUGUGAUUUUUAAUGCUGUGAAAGCCAGCAUACGCACCUUAAUGCCCAAAGAACAGAAGUACAUUGAAGAGGAAAACAGACUGUCUAAACAGCUACUGGUGAGGAACUUUAUCCGGACGAAGCGUUGCAUCAUGGUGCUCAUAAAUGCUGCCUACUACAUCAGCAGCUGCUUUGACUGGGAUUCUCCCCCAAGAAGUCUUGCUGCUUUCUUGCUUUUUCUUUUUGUGGUCUGGAACUUUGAGCUCUACAUGAUACCACUGGCUUUGUUGUUGCUGCUGGCAUGGAACUACUUCUUGAUCAUAUCAGGGAAAGAUAACAGGCAACACGAUACGGUAGUGGAGGACAUGCUAGAGGACGAGGAGGAAGAGGAUGACAGAGAUGACAAGGACAGUGAAAAAAAAGGAUUUAUGAACAGACUUUAUGCCAUCCAGGAGGUGUGUGUCAGUGUCCAGAAUAUCCUUGAUGAAGUGGCUUCCUUGGGAGAAAGGAUCAAGAAUACUUUCAACUGGACUGUCCCAUUCCUGAGCUGCCUGGCCAUUGUUGCCCUCUUGGUGUUCACCAUCAUCCUGUAUUUCAUUCCACUGAGAUACAUUGUCCUUGUCUGGGGCAUCAACAAAUUUACAAAGAAGCUUCGAAACCCGUAUGCAAUUGACAACAACGAGCUGCUUGACUUUCUGUCCAGAGUUCCUUCAGAUGUGCAAUUGAUGCAGUACCAUGAGCUGAAACAGGAUCCCAGCCACAGCCCCAGCAAGAGGAAGAAAAACAACCCUGCCUAGCCAGCUCCACGUGCUGGGGGGACUCGUGUCUGCUGGGGGGGGAAGAUAAGAGAAAAAGCCUACACCUAAGCAGCAUUUCCUUUCUCUGAGCUGUUUAUUCAUUUUGCCUUUCUAUCGAACGAGGAGAUUUUGUAAAUACUGUAAAAAGGCAUUUCUCAUUGACUGUAUCCUGCGCACCGUAAAGACACGUUUGAGGAGGGUUUCUAGUGGGGUUUUCUCCCUUUGAAAGCCUUGUUAGAAACAGGGUAACGCGUUGAGGGAAUCAAAAUGGUGAAUAUGCACUGCUGCUUGAUGGUCAAAGACACCUGAAAUACUCAAACCAUGUCGACUAAAUCUGCAAAAGGUGUAAAUUUGAAUCUGACUCAAAAAUUCAGUCGGAUUGUGAGAAUUAAUAUUUUUAUCCAGUAAGUCACCAUUACAAUUUUCUAUGUUUUAUACAUUUCAAGAGAAGUACAAUGUAGUGGAGCCUACUGCACUUAAGUUUUACCAGAUUUUUUUGAACUCCAGACCCUGGUGUUAACUCCUGGUGCAACGUUUCCCUGUGCAGUAGGGGCUGCUUAUAAGAUAUUGAGAAACACCAAGUGCAAACCUCUUUUUUGGAGCUCCCAAAAGUUCCUGCCGUUUUUAUCAUUCCAUUGUAAGACCUGAAAAAUAUCUCUCUCUCUCUCAAAAUACUGCCAGGUUUGUAAACUGACUGCCUAUCUGAUUUUUUCUAUGUGUACCAGUAAUCUUCAUUUGUACCACAUCGUUCAGUGAAUGAAGUUCAUAGUUCUGCUUUGAUGGGAAUACUAUCGAUCUAACUCCAUAUUGCUUCGGGUGUCAUGCCAUGAACACCUUCCGUGCACAUAACUAUUUUAAUAUGGAAACCUUGCAGAAGAUGUUUUUGCUUUCAAAUCACGAGAUCAUAUUAAUACGCUUAAUGGUAUGACACAUUACCUGUUACUAAUGUGAAAUAUAGUGUAGAGGAGAAAAAAAUGCAGUUGUGGUAAAGCUGAUAUACCGGGUUUCUUUCCUUAGCUAAUGCCGUAGUCAGUUCUUCUGAUACGAUUGUGCCCUACUGCAUGGAAACUGCAUUGUUUUAUAAAUUACAUGGGACGUAGAGGAGAAACGUUUACAUUUCAAAUGUCUUAGUGGCCACUGCAUAACGAGUACUUGGGGAUAUACUCUGAUAGCUGCAUGUAGACCUUCCACGCUCAGCUCCCCGUGUAGAGGGCAGAGACUCCAUUCCUGAGGGACUACCCCUGCACAGCUCUUAGUCGUAGCUCCCGGCGACGUUCAAGGGGAUUCUUGCCCACGUGGAGAACGGCGGGACCUUCCUCGAGAGGAGGAGCCUUCCCGCCGUCCUCUCUGGGCUACCUCUCGUUGGUGGCAGUUGCUGGUGAAGUUAUAUUGCACUACUCUAAGAAUACUUUUUGAAAAGACUAUUUAGAAAUACUUUGCAAGCAAAUGUGUAUAUAUAUAUAUAUAUAUAUAUAUUUGUCAAAAGAAUUCUAUGUUAGCCGCGUUGGUCAUGGAAGAUCAUCCUGGGUUUGUUUAUUUUGCAGAUAACGUUGGUGGCCGGUUUCUGACGUGACCGUUAUUUUGGUCUUUCUGUUCACAUGUUUGAAAGGAAGCCAGCUGUUCUGCAGAAAGUCUUGGACCUAAAAAUACUCUCAUUACGUCAUGACUUUAAAAGAAUUUAUUUGCCAGGCUUGUGUAACCACCUUUCCAGUGUGUGCUGCCCGAAAAGCGACCUACUAUUGAUGAAGUCAGAACCAAUGAUGAGCCUAUUUUGUUUAAAAAAACGAAACAAACGAAAAAAAAAAAAAAAAGCCAAACUUUUGACUGGACAAUGCGCGAAUGUUUGUUGGCAGUUGUCAGUUCUGCAGAGCUCUCUGAUGCCCUGAUGUUGCCUUCCUGAUGUUGCCCAUCGGUCUGUGUGCGAUCUCCCCUUGUGUUUCUUUUCUGUACCCGAUUUCAAAUGUCUGCUUUGGUGGUAACGUCUGACUAAUUAGUUAUACACAUUUAUGGCAUUAAACACAGUUUUAAGCAUCUCUCUA